GGGAGGGCAGAGCUGCAUCUGUGACCGUGUCACAUACGUCCUAGUGACAGCGGCUUUUUACACAGAAGAUGAGCAGAAAUCAAUCGUGUCAUGACGCUGAAUUCACAACAGGUGGAUUUUUAAAAAAGUAAUCCGCUUCAAGAUUAAUAAAAGUCUGAUAAACGGCCUGCAAUCAUGCAAAUUAAGAGUUAAUUAAUGAGGAACAGUGACGAUAACGCUAAAGAAGGAAGAGAAGGUGAUGGGGAAACGAAAUUAAACCAAAACAAGCUGCCAAAACCAAAACUGCGUAAAGGAAGAGAACAUGGUUUUAAUACUUUGUGGGAUCUAAACAACUUUUUUUUUUUGUUGUUCUACAAUGCAUAAGAGAUGGAUACGGCGGAGGCUUCCUGUCUUGAUUUUCACCUUCUUCAUCAUUCUCUACGUGGAUUUUCAGUUACGUACCAGCAACCCUCCCAAAGUCAGAGUGGACCACUCUCCGACUGUCUAUCCGCUCAACCGCUCCUUCCCGAAGGCUGGCCCCGUGGGCAACGACGCGCAGGAGCCGGCAAGUAAAAGCAACAGCAGCGGGAACGAUGGAAAGACGGCCACUGAGCGUGCACAUGGCACCCAGCCGCGGCUGAAGCAGGAGGACAUCUUCAUCGCCGUGAAGACCACCGGGAGGUUCCACAAGACGCGUCUGGCGCUCCUUUUGGAGACGUGGAUCUCCAGAACCAAGGCGCAUACCUUCAUUUUCACAGACACGGAGGAUGAGGACUUGAGUUCAGAAGGUUAUAACAUGGUGGUAACAGGAUGCCAGUCGGAUCACAGUCAGCAGGCUCUGUCCUGCAAGAUGUCUGCCGAGUACGACGGCUUCAUGGCCUCAGACAAGAGGUGGUUUUGUCAUGUGGAUGAUGACAACUAUCUGAUUCCUGAGACCCUCCGCUCCCUGCUCUCAGCCUUCCCCCAGGAAGGCGACAUCUACGUGGGCAAACCGAGCCUGGACAAGCCCAUCACCGCUCACGAACUCCUGGAGGGCAACGCAACGAGGGAGGUGCGGUUCUGGUUUGCUACAGGAGGAGCAGGUUUCUGUCUGAGUCGGCAGCUGGCGGAGAAGAUGGCUCCAUGGGCCAGUGGCUCCCGGUUCGAGCAGACCUCGGCGACCAUCCGUCUCCCUGACGACUGCACGGUGGGUUUCAUUGUGGAGAAGAGGCUCGGCAUCUCCAUGGUCCACUGUCCUUUGUUCCACUCCCACCUGGAAAACCUGCUCCUCAUCGGCCACAGUAGCAUCCCGAACCAGGUGACACUGAGUUAUGGGAUGUUCGAGAACAAGAUGAACAGCAUCGAGGUGAAAGGAAGUUUCUCCAAGGAAGACGACCCCUCCAGGUUUAAGACUGUCCAUUGCAUAUUGUAUCCCUUCACCAGCUGGUGUCCCUGAGCUCUUCAUAAAGGACUACAACUUCCAAAAACGCAUGGGACAAGACUGUUGACCCUCGAGGAUGAAGGGACUUUCCUGGGAAUUAUACCGUGUGUCUAAGCAGCAGAGGAAACUGAUGGAUUCAGUGUGAUGGGAGAGUAUUAGCUGAGAUACCUGAACUGGAGAAGAAAUGAAUCAGACCUGAUCUGAUCUUAACAGAGGAUAUAAAGAGCGUCACAAACAGACUGUUGCAUGAAGAAAAUUAUGAAUUUUUUGCAGGUUUUUGUUUGUUUGCAGCGAAGCACUUAAGACAAAGCUUAAGCUUAAGACUUGUUCUUUUUUUCUGAAACUUCAAGUUAUUUUGUCAAAAAAUGGACAAAAUGUAAAAUGAAAUGAAUUAUUUUUUAAAUUUUACACAAAAUUUAUGUGCACUUUGAUUCGAUUUCCUUGUCUUAUUGUUUCUUUAUAAGCAUCAAAUCUUCAGGCAUCUCGAAAGGUUGAUGAUUAAAUCUACAAACAGACUGCACCCACAGGGCCUCAGUCGUCUUCAGGUGGCACUGAGGCAGAAGUUGUUGAAUUUAUAUCUGUUUUUAUUGAUUGACUGUGUGAGUGUGAGUUUUUAUGAAGGGGAUGGUGUCCUUGUGCCUGUGAAGUCUGCAGACAAUGAACCAUCCUGACCCACAUCUCUCUCCUCAUCCAAACCUUCUGUCCUCCCUCCCUGGCUUUUCUCGCUCUCUACCUUCUUCCCUCCACCCCUCCAUCUGUCUUCUUCCCUCCUCCCUCCUCCUUCUGUUUACUCAGUCUUAUCCGCAAAAGCUGUGCCUGCUCCUUCAAGGCCAUGGCUGAAAGUAAAAUGAACUUCCUCUCA